AUGCCGUUGGCCUCCGCUUUCCGACUCAGCACUUCCGCCUGUCGCUCUCCCGCUGCUACGCUGCUGCGCUCGUCAGGCGCACUCCUCUUCCACUGCGCUCGAUCUUCCCCCGUCGGAGUCGCUGCCGCUCGCCCGCUCUCGCUCAGCGCCAGGAAGCCCCCCACCCUAGCCGCAGCCACCUCCGCCUCGUCUGCUCAGAAGCAGCACUCCAGCCACCCUCUCCCUCCCCAUAGACAAGGUCUGGCAACCAUGGCACUCCCAGCCCGCUACACCACCGGCAAGCCUGGCGCAGCAGCAGCCGCCACCCUGCCUUUCUCCAAGGACCAGGAACCCCCGGCGAGCCUGGGCAACUUUGACCUCAUCGCCCGCGUCGACCUCGACUAUGCACCCGGCAUGUUCGUAGAGAAGUGGCAGUCGAGGGUCACCGGCCUCACGGUGGCCUGGGCCAGCUUCCAGUCGCCCCUCCUCAACUGCUACAUGACCUUUGCCACCGAAAUCUUUGAGGACACGGGUGUACCCCACACCCUCGAGCACCUCAUCUUCCUCGGAUCGGAGCAGUACCCCUACAAGGGCGUCCUCGACACGCUGGCCAACCGCGCAUUCGCCAGCGGCACCAACGCCUGGACCGCCAACGACCACACCGCCUACACCCUCACCACCGCCGGCUCCGACGGCUUCCUCCGCAUGCUCCCCGUCUACCUCGACCACGCCUUUUUCCCCACCCUCACCGACGCAGGCUUCACCACCGAGGUCUAUCACAUCAACGGCCAGGGCGAGGAUGCCGGCGUCGUCUUCUCCGAGAUGCAGGGCCGCGAAAACUCGAGCGGAGACCUGAUGGAGCUCAAGACCCAGAGGAUGCUCUACUCAAAGUCGUCGGCCUACCGCAGCGAGACCGGCGGCCUCAUGUCGGCGCUGCGCGUGCUGACCAUCGACGACAUUCGCAAGUACCACGGCAAGUACUACGCGCCCCACAACGCCGCGCUCGUCGUCUGCGGUCCGCUCGAGAGGGAGAAGCUGCUGGAGACGCUCAACAGCGUCGAGGAGCGCCUCAAGCAGCACGGCGAGGCCCACGGCGUCGCCGGCCCCCGCGGCUGGAAGCGACCCUUUGUCGAGACGCCGAGCGCCGCAGUGCCCAAGAUUGACGGCUCCAAGCUCGAACAGCCGGGCGUCGACCCCGCCGACCCGCCGGCCAAGGGGUCGCAGCCGGACUCCAAGCGGCGCAGGGCGUUCAUCGACUUUCCCGAGCACGACGAGAGCGUCGGAGAGGUCGAGGUCACCUGGAUGGGACCCAAGUACAACGACUGGCUCGAAAAGGAGGCCGUCCAGCUUCUCGGUACCUACCUCUCCGACUCGCCGGUCAGCGCCAUCCAGAAGGAGUUUGUCGAGCGCGACGAUCCGCUCUUCACCGACGUCUACAUCAGCAGCACCGAAAAGGCGGGCGCCGACACCCUGUACGCCUACUUCUCUUCGGUCCCGUCCGAGCACCUCGACGAGGUCGACGACAAGGUCGUCGCGCUGCUCGCCAAGGUGGCCGACGAGGGCAUCGACAUGGACCGGAUGAGGAUGAUCAUCAAGCGCGACAGUCUCAAGCUCCUCAGCAGCCUCGAGACCAAGCCCGCCGACGGCUUCUCGGACCUCAUCAUCAUGGACUUCCUCUACGGCUCCAAGGAUGGCAAGGAUCUCCACGCCGCCAACGACGACAUGACGCGCUACGACACCCUGGCCGGCUGGACGUCGCAGCAAUGGGUCGAGGUGCUGCGCAAGUACUUCGUCGACAACCCGCGCCUCGUCGUCGUCGGCCGCCCCUCGGCGCCGCUGGUGGACAAGCUCAAAGCCGACACCAAGGCGCUCGAGGAGAAGCGACGCACGGAGCUGGGCGAAGACGGCCUCAAGAAGCUGGCCGACAAGCUCGAGGCCGCCAAGAAGGAAAACGACCGCGAGAUCCCCGACGAGCUGCUCAAGAGCUUCAAGAUCCCCAGCGUCGACAGCAUCCAGUGGAUCCCUGUCGGCUCGGCGCGCAACGAGCCGGUGGCCAAGGACCAGGAGGCGUCAAAGGCCGCCGUGAUGGCGGCCGACCUCGAUCGCAAGGUGCAGGCGCACGUCGAUGCCGACGGCGAGACGCUGCCCUUUUUUGUGCAGUUCGACCACGUCGACUCGAGCUUUGUCACCAUCAGCGUGCUCGUGUCUACCAGCGACGUGCCCGCCGAGCUGCGCUCCCAUCUCCACCUCUACCUCUCGGUCAUGUUCUCGCUGCCCGUCACCUGCCAGGACGGCAGCCAGCGCUCGAUGACCUACGAGGAGGUCGUCAAGGGCCUCGACGAGGACACGCUCGAGUACAGCGUUGCGCUCGGCGUCGGCACGGGCUUCCAGGAGCUCGUCUGCGCCGAGAUCAAGGUGGAGAAGGCCAACUACGAAAAGGCCAUCGCCUGGUACCGCGACCUGAUCUGGGGAAGCCAAUUCGCCGUCGACCGUCUCAAGGUGGGCACGAGCAAGAUCGUCCAGAGCCUGCCAGAGCAGAAGCGCGACGGCCGCACCAUCUCGUGGGGCCUGGCGCGCAGCCUGCAGCACGACCCGAAGCGGUCGACGCUGCUCAACAACUCGCUUCUGACCCUGAUUAGCGCCAUGCCCAAGCUGGCCGAGGCGCUCAACGCCACGCCAGACAAGGUCGUCGACGACUUUGAGACGAUCCGCAGGACCAUUAUGCGGCCCGAGAACCUGCGCAUCUCGGUGGCGGGCAACGUGCUGGACCUCGACGAGCCGAGGAGCGCCUGGACCAAACACUUUGUGCGGCCCGAGUGGCAGACGGCGGCGCCGACCCCGAUCCCGUGGGCCAAAGACGUGCUGAGCGAGCUGGGCAGGGACCCCAAGAAGCGCGGCCUCAUCACGGCGCUGCCCUCGAUCGAGUCGUCGUACUCGGUCUUCUCCGCCAAGGGCAUCUCGCACUACCUGCACGCCGACAACCCGGCGCUGGUGGUGACCAUCGCCGUGCUCAACGCCAUGGAGUCGUUCCUGUGGCGAUUUAUCCGCGGCGCCGGACUGGCCUAUGGCGCGUCGAUCCGCUCCGACCCCGAGUCGCAGCUGAUCCAUUUCAGCCUGUACCGCUCGCCCGACUCGGCCAAGGCGUUCCUCGAGGCGAAAAAGGUCAUCGAGGCGCUGGCCGAGGGCAGCAUGAAGAUCGACGAGACCACCCUCGAGAGCGCCAAGAGCUCGCUCCACUUUAGCGUCGCCGACAGCGAGGGCACCGUCGGGCAGGCGGCCACCGAGAGCUUUGUCGACAGCGUCGUCAAGAUGAGCGGCAAGAACCGCGGCAGGAAGCUGCUCAGCGACAUGAGCGCCGUCACGAUCGAGCAGGUACAGCAGUCGCUACAGACCUACAUCCUGCCCAUCUUUGACCCGGCCCGCUCGAUUGCCGCCGUCGUGGCGCCGCCGUCCAAGGUCGACGAGAUUGAGGCGCAGCUGAAGCGGGUCGGCUACGACAUGGAGCGUGUCGAGCUCGAUCUCGGCAAGGACGACGACAGCGACGAGGCGAGCAGCGGCAGCGGCAGCGAGGACGACGAGAGCGGCAGCGAGAGCGAGGGCGAGGAUGAGCGGGGCGCCAUGAGGUAG